AUAUGGUUUCAUUUAUAAAUUUUAGCCAAUGUUGAAAUAUCUAAAUUAUCGAACAAUAGAUGACUAAAGAGUUCUUACUUUUGUAAUCUUUACAUGAUCAAAGCCAACUAUAAACCUGCUCAAAAUCUUUUGGUUGUUAUACAAACUUUGAUGUCUCGUAUCGUACGUCUGUCAACAUGAUGUAAACACGAGGCAUUCUUGACAUUUAGACAGAUGCUUGAGCGAGGGGAUUGCGAUAGAUUGUUCUGUUCGAAUGUCGGGACGCCGGGACUCUACGUGCCAAAAAAAUGAUCUCCCAAAGUCACUACACGGGGCUGAGGACGCUGAGAUGGUGUGGAGUAUGAUAACAGAAAGAUUUCCAAACGCUGCGCCCCUCCUUUGUGAAAUGGAGGCGGUGGUCGAUCGUGCCGAGGAUCUCCUUAUGCAGCUACGAGCACCCUGCCAACGAGAGAUUGAAACGUCUACCUCCUUCUGCACUCCUGAUUCGGAGGAAUCAACUCUGAUGAUUUCCGCUAGAGGAUCAUUGAGCACCGAAAAUGACGUACGUAAUCCAGAGAACGAUGUCGAUAGAAACGUCGCAGGGACACAGAUUUCUAACAGCACAGUAGACGAAGAAGAUGUCAACUCGAACAGCCACAAGAACUUCAUUUUCAGAAAUGAAAGCGUUGAUAUGCAAUCCAGCGAAUCGUCAACGAUGCAACGUUCUACGGGUGACAAAUUCUCGACCGCUGAAGAAUCUGCUUCUUUGAAAAUCGACACACACGUCGAUCAGAGAAUGAAGGAAGCACGUAGCCUGGAGGAAUGGAGCAAAGUGGUGGACAAUGCCAUGCGGAAAUCGAUUAUCGGAGAGGAUCAAGUGCACAAAGAAGCGGUUACUGUCGACAGGAAGUCCAAUAAAGUCGAAGAGCAUAAAAUCCAGAGUGAUAUUGCGAAUGUACACGAAAAAUCUUGCAUUGUUCUCCAUCGGCAAAGAAGAUGCGCCGAUAUCGAUAACGUGGGUGACUCUAUGAUCGACAUUGAUUCUGAUCUAAACGUAGCGAGCCAAGAAUUGAUCGAGACCAAAGAUGACACUGUAAACGUUUCUCUUCAAGGCAGCGGCGACGAAAGUUCACCCAAAUUCGGUGAACAAAACACACCGUUAAAUAUUCUGGAGGGCUAUUCGAAGCGCUGCAAGGUUCCUGUUAAAUACGAAUACGUCAACGACGGUAUCCAUCGUCACAAAUCGAACGUCUUUGUGAUUCGCGGCAGUCUCGGUGAAUUUGCUGCACCUGCCCGAGGAGAGAGCGAAGAGACCGCUAAGAACAGUCUGGCUACCACGUUACUGCAGAUGAUCGCUAACCAUCAGAUGAACGACGGGAAGCUCUCAAACCUUUUACCUCUCUCGGAUGAAGAAAUGCUGGAAAUAAUUCGCCUUGGCACGGAUAGCCCUAGAGAAACGCCUCAGCGAAAACUAUAUCAGAUCUGUCUCGAGACGGGACAAUCGGUACCAAAGUACUGCGUCGAGAAAGUGAAAACUUAUCAAGGCUUCACCUACGUCGCUACUUGUACAGCGCUGGGCUACACAUGCGAAGGUCGCGGUAUCAGGGAAUGCGGUGCCAAGAAAUCAGCAGCUGACGAGGUGUACCGUCAGUACUGUCUAGACCAGAAAGCAGGUGCGAAGAUUAAAGAUCGGAAAACCCCUCGACUCUAGGAAAAAUAUGUUGACAACUUCCCUCAUUAAUUCUUAUUGACAAUUAACAAAUAUAACCCUCCAUUACUAAAGCCAAAGCCACUUUUGUUUCCAUAGCUGGCCACCUCCCUCGGGUUAAAUAUUAUCCAAUUGAUUCUACAGGGUGUCCCAGACUUAGUACAAGAACCGAAAAUGGGGAUAUAAUUAAAAAACGAUGCGCCAUCCGAUAUUUUUACACAGAAAAUUGUGGUUCAGAAUCGUCUCAGCUACCCCCCAUUUCCGGUUCUUACGCUAAUUCUGGAUAUAUCGACUCUAUAAACAAAUUGAAGUCAAUCUCGACGACAUUCGAGUUCUUGGAAACCUGGUGUAUCUACAGAAGUCAUUCUUCAUUCGCAACACUGUGUACCGAAUGAAAUAUUUUUCCCAAAAAUUAGAUCCUUGAAAAUGCC